AUGGCUAAUGUCAACGCUGACCGGCAGCCGGCUCUAAGUGUCAUCGUUGGCGGACUGCCUCGGACUGGCACGUCGUCCAUGACCAAGGCUCUUGAAAUCCUUCUCAAAGGUCCUGUAUUCCAUGGAGGCUCCGCUUCCUACUUGAGCGACGCCGUCACGCAACGACGAAUGCUUGAGCUUGCGCGGCACUGUCCCAUAAGAACCCUAGUGGACCGCACCUUUGUCCAAUAUCGCCUCGCCGAGUUGACCGAAGCCUGUGUAGCGACCUCUGACCAACCCGGCUGUUACUUCUUGGAGGAGCUGUUACAACUGUAUCCGGAGGCAAAGGUCAUCUGCACGAUCCGAGACCGAGACUCCUGGUGGGACAGCUAUUCGGCACUGUGGCAAGGCAUUGAAGAUCUGUAUUCAUGGUCCUGGCUUUCUCCCAGUCUGAGGCGCUUCUGCACCUUCUCCUACGAGUUCUGGAGACGCGUGCCGCAAGCCGUGGGCAUCCCCGAGUGUGAGCCCUUGCCGAUGGUCAACCAGGAGAAACUCUACGAAGCGCAUGCUGAAUAUGUUCGGCGCGUCGUGCCGGCUAGCCAGCUCUACUUCUUCAACGUCCGGGAUGGAUGGGAACCGUUAUGCACGAUUCUAAACGUCCCCGUUCCGAAGACUCCCUUUCCGCACGCCUUUCCGAGGUCGUUGCUAAAGGAGGCAAAGAAUUCUUCGGUGGCGCGAUUGAAAAGGCGCUUGGCAGGCAUGAUAGGGCUUGCAGGGCUUGUUAUCGGAGUCGCAGGCUUUGCUUGCAACAAGUACCUACAAAAGGUGGUCUGA